CACGAAAGAUUGGUUGUAAAAGUCCUCCUUCGUCUCUUCAAACCACUCCCUUGAGCUGUCGACAUAGCCACCCUUCACUUACUGAAGAAACCAUUCCUAAGUGUGUUACUUAACUCGGCAGAAAAACUUAUAAACAGGUCAAUAUAUUUACCGAUACUAGUAACUGGUCAAAGUUUUGACGCUCGGAAACCGCUUAAAACUUUUUGAACUCGGACCUGCCAAGCGGAGGCAACAUGGUGUUAAAAUCGGAAGACGGAGUAGUGCCGGACGACCUCACCCCGGAGGAGCAGCAGGAGCUGGAGAAUAUCCGCCGGCGCAAGCAGGAGCUGCUGGAGGACAUUCAGCGGCUGAAGGAUGAGAUAGCAGAAGUGACAAGUGAGAUCGAGAACCUGGGUUCCACUGAGGAGAGGAAAAAUAUGCAGAGGAAUAAACAGGUGGCCAUGGGCCGUAAGAAAUUUAACAUGGACCCCAAAAAGGGGAUCCAGUUCCUGAUUGAGAACGACUUGCUGAAGAAUACCAGUGACGACAUUGCGCAAUUCCUCUGCAAAGGCGAGGGCCUCAACAAAACAGCCAUCGGAGAUUACCUCGGAGAGCGAGAUGACUUCAAUAUCGAAGUCCUCCAUGCCUUCGUGGAGCUUCAUGAGUUCACAGACCUCAACCUGGUUCAGGCCCUAAGACAGUUCCUGUGGAGUUUUCGGCUACCGGGAGAAGCUCAGAAGAUCGACCGCAUGAUGGAGGCCUUUGCUCAGCGCUACUGCCAAUGCAACCCUGGCGUUUUCCAGUCCACAGACACCUGUUACAUCCUGUCGUUUGCCAUCAUCAUGCUAAACACCAGCCUCCACAACCCGAAUGUGAAGGACAAGCCUUCCGUGGAACGAUUCAUCUCCAUGAACAGAGGAAUCAACGAAGGAGGAGACUUGCCUGAAGACCUGCUACGGAAUCUGUAUGACAGCAUCAAGAAUGAGCCUUUUAAAAUCCCAGAGGACGACGGCAACGACCUCACACACACUUUCUUCAACCCAGACCGAGAGGGCUGGCUGCUAAAACUGGGAGGGGGACGCGUUAAAACCUGGAAGAGAAGGUGGUUCAUCCUCACGGACAACUGUCUCUACUACUUUGAGUACACCACAGACAAAGAGCCCAGAGGAAUCAUCCCACUGGAGAACCUGAGCAUCAAGGAGGUGGAGGACAAGAAGCCUAACUGCUUUGAGCUUUUCAUUCCUGACAACAAAGACCAGGUGAUAAAAGCGUGCAAGACUGAGGCGGACGGACGCGUUGUGGAGGGCAACCACACCUUCUACCGUAUCUCUGCCCCCACUGCAGAGGAGAAAGAGGAAUGGAUGAACAGCAUCAAAGCUGCCAUCAGCAGGGACCCCUUUUACGAGAUGCUGGCAGCCAGGAAGAAGAAGGUGUCAUCCAUGAAGAGGCACUAGAGCGGCUCUGCACUCCAGAUGUUGCACUUGACAGAGCAGGGGUCCGGCUAUCUGCUCGCCCUGUCUGGGUCGGUGCAGAGGCCGCGGUUGAGGUCUCUCUCAGACCUCUCCAGGGGAUUUCUCUAGGAUACAUACUAGGUCUGGCUUUGGGACUCUACAGGCCAAAAAAACAGGAAGCAUGCUGGGGUUUCUAGAUAAGAGUCGGGGCCAAAGCGUCCUCUAACCUCCUGUCUCUCUUUCUCUCUCAGCUUUGUGUGUGCUCUCUGUCUAUGAGGCUGAAAGGAAAUCUUGCUGUAUCGCUCAGCAAAACCCCCUUUGAAGAUACUUAAAAAACAAACACAGUCCCCAUAUACAUUGUUGCACACGUACACAACAUGCAUACACUCAUGCAGUCCCCCGUAGCACACAUCCUUUAAACUCAGCAGGUCUGACCAAGUGUGACACUCCAACCAAAAUAUUCCUCGCUUUCUGAAAGAAGAGUAAAGACCUCAUGUGCUUUAACAUGUUAGGGUAAUACGUGUCUAUUUUUACAGCUUUAAAUGUCAAUUCCUCCUGCGUCUCUUUUGUUUGUUUGCUUUUGUAAAAAAUAAAUAAACAAAAUAAAAUAAAAAGGUCUUGCAACAGAAACUACAGGGGGGGGGCGGGUAUGGGGAGGGAGGGUAUGAUUUUCCAACUGUUAGUGAUUUUAUAGAAAAAAAGAAAAUAAAAAGAGAAAAAAAAGUUGCCACUCAGGAGAUUGUUACGAAGCUCUGAAACUUUCCACAUGGAUCCUGUUCACAACACGACAGCCAUGUGAGGAAUGAAAGCCUCAUCUGUGUCCCAGACUGAACUGUUUUUGUAAAUAUGAAGCUGCAUUAUGGGGACGUACCGCUGCAGAUGAGGGUGUCUGCUUGUUUUGGAUCUGGAUCUCGCUGUUCAUUUCCUGAAAGUCCUGGAGAUGAAUCCUGGGGAUUAGUGUCUUUUGAAGGGAUGAGCGUUUAUCACCCUGGGCUUCAUUUUGAGGUUUUAGGUUGUCUGGAAAUUAGAACUUGUGGCCCCUUUUUUCAUUUUCUCUUCCCAUACAUUUGUCUCAUUUCGUCUGAAACACAAGACCACUUUCUAUUACUUAAUUUUAUUGUUGGGGAAAGUUACUGCUGCACCGUGCCUGGCGAUCUAGAUGAAAUGUGAGAAAAGCUGCUGGUUAGCGACAGUUUUCUUCCCCCAGUCGACAACAUUACAUCUUUUAUUUUCUACCUUUUUAAUAUUGUUUUCCUUUGUUACCUAUUUAAUAGUAAAACAAGUCCUGUAAUUUUCAGCCGUCAGCCCGACCUCAUUGAUCGUUGUACAAUACUGUGUGCUUCAGGUUUAUGUAGAAGACAUAAUAUAUGACAUAUUGUUGUAGAGGCUUUAAAGCGGCACAAAUAAACAUGUGGUUUAUUAAAGCUAUGCCUGGUAAAUAAUGGGUUGUCCCUGUCUCAGGAUCCAAAGUGUGAUGUGAAACUGCUAGUUGUGUGAAGAAUGUACUGCGGUGAACCAAAAGACAAAGGGCAGGACGGCUGAUUGGUCACGCUGAGGCAGUGAUUUUGUCAAAUUGCAAACUCAACUGCGUCACGGUACAGUUUUGCAAACGCAGUCCGAGUUGCACAUCAAGCGGUUGUCUUUUCUACUCUUGUCUACUGUCCUCUCAUCUGUGCCUGCUGGUCCUUAUCCUCACUCACUGCCUCCUCCAUUUCCUCGUUCUCUUCCUCUCUCUGCGCACUAAUCCUAGGUCAUUUAGGAAAAUGCAAAAACAAUCAGAAUUCUAGACUGUAUUGGUUUAUUUAUCGAAGUUGUAUAUACUUAAAUGUAUAGUGGGUAUUUUUGUCCUAAUUUUGUUUCUUAUUAGUUGUGCCAUUUUCUUUUGGUAUUCUGUUCAAUAAUGUUUGAUUUGAGGUUUGUAUAAUUGCCAUUUAAUCGAGCUGAAAUAAAGACAUUUGUCACAA